AUGGGAAACAGUUCAUCAUCAGUUUCAAGUUCGGUGUCAUCAUCGAAUGAUGAGACACAAUUACUUGAAGAUCACUCCGAAGUACUCAACACAACGUCGUUCACUCUUGAAGAUACGAGCCAACAUGACUGGUCUGUCAUUUCUGAAUCUCAAGUUCUAGACUUGAGACAACAAGUGGAAAAGCAAAUUGUGAUCAGACCCUAUGAAACGCAGCAAUGGACGAGCAGAGUUUUAGGUUUUUCAUCUCAAUAUUCAAGUAGCUGGAGCGCUGAUAAUGUUAUUGGAGAGUCUAACACUUUUCCAAAAUAUGGUGAUAUGACCUCAGCAUGGGCUCCUAAAUCCUCAUCAGGUACAAAGGAAUUUCUUGUCGUACAAUUCGAAAAAAACGUUUUAGUCACUCAGGUCCAUAUUUAUGAAACCUUCAAUCCUGGAGCAGUGUUUAGAGUUUCGUGCUUACCAUCUGAAAAGGAAUAUACACUUAAACCUGUCGAAGAAUUAACUUCAACAAUUGAUCCCAAUCAGAAGGAAUACGGCGAAGAGGAAUUUGUUCAUAAACCAUUAGAAUUCACCAGCGAUUGGGUGGUCUUGUAUGAAGGCGAUCCUCAGCAACAUGCCAUUCCUCAAAAAUCAAGAAUAUUUAAUCCACCGAUUAAACCAUUUGCAUGUGUGACAAGAACAAUAAGAAUUGACAUGGAUUGUGUCGCUAGCAUGUCAUGGAGCGAAAUUGAUGCAAUCAAAUUGAUAGGAAUUAUUUGUGAUGGAAAUAUUCAAAUCCGUUCAAGCAUUACAACCAAAUUGAAUACAGAAUAUGUUGAAGAUCUUAAAACCCUGUUUACAAACAGCCCAUCCACGGAUUGUGCAAUUCUAAAACUUCCUAUUAGAAAAAGGUUACUUGCUUCAACUCCAGAGAGACCUCUUUUUGCAAUUGUACCAAAGGUGUACUAUGUCCAUGAGUUUUUAUUGCGGUAUAGACUUCAAGAUCACAAACUAUUAGACAAAUUUAUUGUCAAAAGUGAAGAAGAAAUUAUGGAUGUGUCUCCGAGCGUGAGCGGUUUUUCUCUCACUGAAAGUGCUGCCAACAGUUUGUUUAGUUAUUUGUAUUCUGGAUUCAUCUUGAUACCAAAGGAAAUGUUUACUGACGAGGAUUGUGACUACAAAAAUUCAGUAGAUUUAAUUACAGGAAUUUAUCACGUUUCUGAAACUUUAGGCCUUGAUUCCUUGAGAAAUGCAUGUCAACAAACCAUGAAUAUAAUUUCAGUCAUUCCGAGCGAUUUAAGAAGCAGUGUAGCUCUUUCAAUAUUCAACCAAUGUACAUCUGCUUCUUUGAGUGAUGAUUUUUAUUCGGAUAUGCGCAAGAUUUAUGAAGAUUCAUGUACUAAGGGUGAAAAGUAUGACAAGAGAGCGUCUCCUGAUGUGAAAAUUGUAUUUACCAUGGGAUCCAAUGAGGAGGAGCCACUCACACCAUCCUCAACAAGGCCAUGUAUUUAUGCUCAUUCAUCGAUACUGAAAGCAAGAUGCGCUUUUUUCAAAACCAUGUUCGACUGGGGAGAAUUGAGCUCUCCCUAUCGAUUUUCAUCAAACAAUAUCUAUGAAAUAGAAAUCUCAGAUGUGAAGUAUGAAAUAUUCUUGUUAAUGGUCAAAUUUAUUUAUUUAGGAUUAUUAGAAAAAGAAGAUAUCAAAGCUGAAGAUGCUAUUCCACUGUUCUUUGCUCAAAAUCAAUAUUUACUAGAUUCCAGUGUGACCUUGUCGGUCAUUAAGGAUAACAUUUCUGACAAUACUGUCGUUGACAUUUUACGACUUUCACUCGAGUGUUCUUAUCCUGAAAUUACUGAACUUUGUCAUAAUUACUUGUUAACAAAUAUAGAAAACACCUGCGUGGUCGUUGAAAGAGCGUUUGCAGAUAAGAAACAAAAUAGAUCACUUGAAAGUGAUAUCGUUUAUAAAAGCUUGAAAGAAUCAAGCAAGAUUUGGGAGAUGGUUAUCCUUCAUGGAGAUAAUUUGAAGUACACAAGUCAGUGGGUUCAACGUGUCAUUGCGUUUUCGUCAGAAUAUACCGGAUGGCCAGCAUCAAAUGUGAUUGGAGAGAGUAAUACAUAUCCAAAUUAUGGAGAUAUUAAAACAGCAUGGGCUCCCAAAGCAUCAAAAGGAACCCAUGAGUUUUUGGAGUUACAAUUUGCAAAUCCCAUGUUUAUUGCGAGUGUAGAAGUAUUUGAGACUUACAAUCCAGGAUCUCUUGUCAAAAUUACUGCCAAGAAUUCUCAUUGUAAAAAUACUGAUGAAGUAAUUUAUGAAGGGAAUGUUCAAGUCGUUCAACCAACAGCACGAAUCUUCACACCACCCAUAGAUCUUUGUAAAUCUUUGAACAAGGCCUCAAAUGUGUUACGCUUAGAUAUUGACACUACCAACAAUAUUAGUUGGUAUGAAAUUGAUGCUGUGAAAAUCUCUGGCUUUAUACCCAAGACGACCAACAAUGACCCAAGUUGUUUGAUUCAUUGA